GAAGUUUAGUGCCUGUCAACGACCAAAGUUUGCGUAGCCUAUUGGCUAAAAACAACACAACUUGAGAAACUUUCGUCUGUUUUAUAAAACAAUAGUAAUAUUAACCGACUCUAUUGUUGAAUUACUUGACGUGAGGAAUAAAAACACGUGGUUAUGGGGGCAACAGCGAGUAAAUUGCCGAAAGAUCUUCUCUCAGAAUAUCAGGAGCUGACAUUUCUCACAAAGCAGGAAAUAUUACUGGCACACAAAAGAUUCAGUGAACUUCAGGGCAGAGAGGAUGGACCAUACAUCUCUAGGUUGUCCAUGGAAAAGAUCUUAAUGGUUCCUGAACUGAAGUCUAACCCCUUCCGGAAAAGGAUAUGCCAUGUUUUCUCAUCCUCCGAUAUAAAGGAUGGCAGCUUGAGCUUUGAAGAUUUUCUGGAUCUCUUGAGUGCCUUCAGUGAUUCGGCUUCACUGGAAAUCAAGUCCCACUACGCCUUCCGAAUCUUCGACUUUGACGAUGAUGGCACCCUCAACGCUAGCGACCUGGAGCAGCUGGUGAACUGUCUGACAGGAGAGACGGACGACACCCGUCUCAGUGCAGAGGAAAUGAGACAACUCAUAAGCAAUAUUCUUGAGGAGUCAGACAUCGAUAAAGACGGAAGUGUGAACCUCUCUGAAUUUCAACAUGUGAUCUCCAGAUCCCCAGACUUUGUCAGUUCAUUCAAGAUUGUGUUGUGAAAUUUACGAAGAAUUGAAGCUGCUUUCCGGUCCUGAUUAUUCACUUGCGCUUGUAAUCUUUCAUUAAACAUCCUGAUUAAGCCUUAAUUGUAAAUGCAUUCUCUCGUGCAGCAUU